CUCAACUCUGAACCAUCUGUCUCUGGUCUUUCUGAGUUCUGUUCUUGACAUCUUCUCGGGAGGAAACUGCAAGACAGAGAUUGGUGUUUGAAGACUCAAAGCUCUUCUAUCGAAUCGGAACAUCAGUUGUGCAGUCAAAGGUGUUGGCUUGACGUUGAGUGGCAGCCGGUGGCAUCCAGAAACCAAUAAACUUCUAACAGAGAUGAAGCAUUGACAGCAGAUGACCCAACAAAUGAAACGUCUGAACUUAGUGAAGUCAUUCGUUCAAAUUAGAAAAACUGCAGGAGCUCUCUGGAAGACUACCUAUUAGAGUCAAGCCUAAACCAGUAAACCCUCCUGCUGAAAUUUGGAGUUCCCAAUUCCUGAAGUCCUAAAUUCCAAUUAAAUUGAAAGAUGAAGAGGGCAAUGCCAUGGAGUGAUGAUGAGGACGAUUCCUCAUCGGAUGAGGAAUCUGAACCAUCACAAGUGAAAUCGGGGAAGCCAAAGAGCAAGGUUCUAGAUUUCGAGGCAUUGAGGAAACAUGGUUACAAUGGAGGACCGUCUAUACUGAAGGUGCCUCCGCCAAAGGAGUCCGAUAAGGACAAGGACUGGUCUUGGUCCACAGGAGUCGAUCGCAAGGCAAAAGGUGGUAGUCUUACCAAAACUAAUGAAAAGGUGAAUGAAGAAGAAGAGAGCAAAGAAGAGCGGCGGAAGACGAGGGAGGCUUUGGCAGCUGGGGAGGAGCUGCAGUAUGUGCUGACCAGGAAGGAGAAGGAGAAGGAGAAGGAAAAAGAGAAGGAGAAGAAGACUAUUUCGCAAAAGGAGAAGAGGAAGAGGGACCUCGGUCAGGCCAGUAGGGGGAAGAACUAUGUUGAAGAAGAGAAGAGGUUGCUUCGGGAGAAUGGUGUCUACUCUGGCUUUGAUGCUUAGGGACCAAGUAAUUUAAUUGUUUUCUGUAUUAGAGAUUUAGAGUAUUGUGAUAUGCUUCUUCAUUAGAAUAACAAUAUUUUAAAACUUUAAACUCAAAGUCAGGAUGCAUAUACAAGAUAAUAUUUCAUUUAAUGCU